GGAGAGAAGAUUUUUCGAAUAUAUACAUUAACCAACACAUAUUCCGGCAAAGAAUUACAAAGUUCUCAAGUGAUCAAUAAUCUUUCAAGCAAAAGCCAUGUCGAAUUUUCUGAACGAAAUCUCCUCCUUGUGGUUCCUAUCUUUGAUACCACUGUUCAUCUUCCUAGCCUUUCCCACCAUUCUCAAUCUUCUAUCCAAAUUGAAUUCCAAUUCAACUAAAAACUCGCCCCCAUCUCCUCCAAAACUCCCCAUAAUAGGAAACCUCCAUCAACUUGGCACUUCCCAUCAUCGCACACUCCAAUCUCUGGCUCAAACCUAUGGUCCCUUAAUGUUGCUUCACUUUGGAAACGUACCAAUGCUCGUGGUCUCAACCGCCGAAGCAGCGCGUGAGGUUCUGAAAUCCCUAGACCACGUUUUCUGCAACAGACCACAUCGUAAGAUGUUUGACAUCUUCUGGUAUGGUUCAACAGACGUAGCAUCUGCACCUUACGGCCACUACUGGAGGCAGGUGAAGAGUAUCUGUGUGUUGCAUCUUCUGAGUGGCAAAAAGGUUCAAUCCUUUCGUAGGGUGAGAGAAGAGGAAGUUGUGCUAAUGAUAGAGAAAGUUAGGAAGAGUUGUUGUGACUCGAAGUUGAAGCCAGUUAACCUAACUGAUUUGUUAUCCGAGGUAACUAAUGAUAUAGUGUGUAGGUGUGUUAUUGGAAGGAGAUAUGGUGCGAGUGAGCUUAGAAGGCCUAUGAGUGAGUUAGAAGAGUUGUUGGGGGCUUCGGUUUUGGGGGAUUAUGUGCCUUGGCUUGAUUGGUUGGGAAGAGUUAAUGGGGUGUAUGGUAGGGCUAAGAGAGCGGCUAAACACCUUGAUGAGUUUUUGGAUGAAGUUGUUGAUGAACAUGUUAGUAAGAGAGGACAUGAUGAUGACGAUGAUGGUGAUGAAGGGCAGAAUGAUUUUGUGGACAUCUUGCUGCGGAUUCAGAAGACAAGCUCCACCACAGAAUUUCAGAUUGAUAGAACAAUCAUGAAGGCUUUGGUCAUGGAUAUGUUUGGUGCAGGAACUGAUACCACCCUUGCAGUGCUAGAGUGGGCCAUGACAGAACUCUUGAGGCACCCAAAUGUGAUGCAAAAGCUACGAGAUGAGGUGAGAGGUGUAGCUGGAGACAGGACUCACAUAACUGAGGAGGAUUUGAAUCACAUGCCCUACUUAAAAGCAGUUAUUAAAGAGAUUCUUAGGUUACACCCUCCAUCUCCCAUAUUGAUUCCAAGGGAAUCCAUGCAAGAUGCCAAAGUAUUGGGCUAUGACAUUGCAGCUGGCACACAAGUGCUGGUUAAUGCUUGGGCAAUUUCUACAGACCCUUCAUAUUGGGACCAACCUCUAGAGUUUCAACCAGAGAGAUUCUUGAAGAGUGCAAUUGAUAUCAAAGGGCAUGAUUUUCAAUUGAUUCCAUUUGGAGCUGGAAGGAGGGGAUGUCCAGGAAUAGCAUUUGCCAUGAUUGUGAAUGAGUUGGUGCUUGCAAACAUUGUGCACCAAUUUCAUUGGGAAGUACCUGGUGGAGUGCUGAGGGACCAGGCAUUUGACAUCUCUGAAACUACUGGAUUGACUGUUCAUAGGAAAUUUCCUCUUCUGGCACUUGCAUCACCUCAUAUGUAACAAACAAGUGAAAUGUUACAAAGUAAAAUUAGAGGUUUCGAUUAUUAUAAUGUUAGCGUUUGUGUUAUUACAAGGUGUAAUUAGCUUUUUCGCAUUUAUAUUUGUACGAACUUUACCUUUUUUCUUUAUAAUUAAAUAUAUUUAUUUUAAUUAUUA